UCCCUGGUGAACAUGCAAACAGUUUUAAAGCUUAUUCUCUCUCUCUCUAACUAGGAUUAAAUAGCAAUGGAGGAACUGAGUACAGCCAAUGGUGGUUUUGCCAUUGAUUUUUUCAAACACGUGUGCAAGGCUCAAAGCAACAAAAACAUCCUAUUCUCACCAUGGAGCAUCUCGUCUGUUAUGGCCACACUGUACCUUGGAGCUAAAGGCCAUACUGCAGAGCAGAUAGCAGAGGUGCUUCACUUUAACAAAUCUGGGAGAAGUGAAACUGCCCAUGCUAUGAGACACCCACGCGUGUACUCCAAAAUGGAGGAGCUGUUGAAUAACCCCUGCAUUGCUAUUCAGAAGCCCUCUCCUAAAACAUCAAGCAACAUACAUUCAAGAUUCCUGGAACUUAGUCAAGAAAUCAACAAACCUACAAAACAUUUUCUGCUUCGAAGUGUCAACCAGCUAUAUGCAGACAAAUCAGUGCCUUUCCAAAAAGAAUUCAUAUUGUCAAUGAAGAAAUACUAUAAUGCAGAGCCACAAACAGUAAACUUUCAAGAAACUGCGGAAGAAGUCAGAAAAGAGAUCAAUUCUUGGGUUGAACACCAGACAGAAGGUAAAAUACAGAAUCUGUUGAAUGAGGGGUCUAUCGAUUCACUUACCCAGCUGAUCUUGGUAAAUGCACUGUACUUCAGAGGAAACUGGGCAAAGCCAUUUAAGAAACAAGACACAACACAGCAGCCCUUCAGACUUAACAAGCGAACAAGUAAGCCGGUGAAGAUGAUGUUCCAGCACGGUAACUUCAAUUGGAACUACAUAAAAGAAGUGAAGACUCAGAUUCUUGAGCUCCAAUAUGUCAACAAUGACCUCAGCAUGUUUAUACUCCUCCCUGAUGACAUCACUGAUGACACCACUGGCCUGGAAAUGCUAGAAAAUAAAUUGACUUAUGAAGCCUUAUCCAAGUGGACCAGCCCAGAAGAAAUGGAAGAAAUUGAAGCAAAUGUGUAUCUUCCUAGGACCCAGUUAGAAGAUCACUAUGAGUUAAAGGCAGAUUUGACCAGCAUGGGGAUAACAGAUGCCUUCACUGUAGGCCAAGCCAAUUUCACCGGAAUGUCUGAAAAAAGCAAGCUGAUUUUGUCCCAAGUUUUCCACAAGUGCUUUGUUGACAUUAACGAAGAGGGCACAGAGGCUGCUGCUUCGACAGGUGCUACUAUAGAUGGGCGAAGUACAGCGGGGGCGACUUUGUUUGCAGCCGACCACCCUUUCCUCUUUUUCAUCCGGCAUAACGAAACCAAAAGCAUCCUCUUCUGGGGUAGAUUCUGUUGCCCUUAAAGUAUUUCAGCUUUCGACAUGACUGGAAGAAUCCGCAACCAGAAAGAGGAGGAAACACAAGAAGACUGGAAGAAAUUUAAAGAAGAUUUAGUGAUAUGCUGUAAUAUAAGAUAAUUAGGAUAUCCCUAGAAGUAACAGAUUAGGCUAAGGGAUAGAAAAAGAUUAAUAAUAAAGAUUAUUAUUGAUGACAAUUGGAAGUAAGGUUAAGAAGUUUGUAAUGAAAGAAGAUGCUGAUGUUAUAAAUAUGAAAUUGGGAACUGCUAAAUAUGUAAUAUGAUGAAUUCCAGAUUGGAGGGUGUCGAGGAAGUCUUUUAGCAAUGUAAAUACACCAGGGAAUAAGAAGG